ACAGGGCCAAGCUCAUCAAAGAAGCCAAGAAGUAGAAGUCUACUCAAUACCUUCCUGUGCUGUUUUGGUUCAGGGAGACAUGGCACGCAUCAAAGCGUACCACAGACGUCAGAUCAAACCGAUCAAAGGUCGCUCGACCGCUCAGCUCCUGUUAACGACCCUAGCACGCAACCAAAUAAAUUUCUACUCCCCCAGGUGAGGCAGCAGGAUGCACAUAAAUGUUGUAUAGUCAUCGAUUUAGACGAGACAUUAGUACAUAGUUCAUUUAAGCCCAUUUCAAAUGCAGAUUUCGUUGUUCCUGUAGAAAUUGAUGGCACAGUUCAUGAGGUAUAUGUAUUAAAAAGGCCGCACGUGGACGAGUUUCUGCAGAGAGUGGGGCAGCUUUAUGAAUGUGUGUUAUUUACAGCUAGUCUUGCAAAGUAUGCAGAUCCAGUUGCUGACCUUUUAGACAAAUGGGGUGUGUUCAGGUGUCGACUGUUUCGGGAAUCAUGUGUGUUUCACAGAGGAAAUUAUAUUAAGGAUCUUAGUCGAUUGGGUCGUAAACUGGAACGUAUUGUAAUUGUGGACAAUUCACCCGCUUCAUAUAUCUUCCACCAAGAUAAUGCAAUCCCUGUGAGUUCAUGGUUUGAUGACAUGUCGGACACAGAGCUCCUUGAUGUCCUUCCACUCCUGGAGCGCAUUUCACAAGAGGAAGAUGUCUACAAAAUACUCAAGAAGGAGAACCACAAUCACAUAAAGCGCUAGAAGAGACAGCUUGGCUUCUGCGCCCUGUAUGGAACCUCCGCCCAAAUCGACUAGUUCCUCAAGAAAAAAUUGCAAAGAUCAAUAUUGACUGGACAUGCUGAUCCUGCGGGUUGAAAUACCGUAUUACCAAACUGCCAAAAUGUAGCUGUAUCAUCGUCCUUGGAGAUCAGUGUUCUUUUGUGAUUUUUGUUGUACAUCCAUCUGCGUUUACUGCUGCUGGAUGUCAUCCCAAGGGUUGGUCGACAGGUCCAGCAUCUUGGUGAUCCUGCCAAUGCGUGUAGUAGUCCUCCAGUCCUGCACCCCAUCCUCUUCCAGAUUCACCCAAUGAAGCUGUCACCAAGCAUUCUUAGUAUGCAUUUAAUGUGUCUCUUAGGUGCAAGUCCUGCGUGCUGUAGUGUUAAAGGAAAACACAGAGCAAGAAAAUCCAUGAUAACCCUGUACAGGAAGUUGGGUCUGUGAUAACUGUUCAGUGAAGGAAAUGUUGAUAUGAUACCAGUACAGCUAUAACAAGGUCAGUCCAGGCAUUCAGGUCAAGAUCGGCCAUUUGCGUUGUAAACUGCCAAAUCUCAGAAGGCCAGAGCAUAUCCCCUUCAAUGAUGAGAGGGAGCGAGGGGGGGACAGGAAUUAUUAUUUUAAGUUGGUAAUAUCCACACUGACUUAUCUAAGGCAAAUGUGUUUCAUUUUGAAAUUUGGAAGUCUUUUUUGGUGAUGAUAUCCACACUGACUUUAUGAGAAGCCAGCAUGUGUCCCCUAUGAUGAGAAGAAAAAAAAGAGAAAGGCAAAGCAAAAAGAAUGUUGUCUGUAAAGCUGGUAAUGUUCACUCUAAUUUUUCCAUCACAGCACUUGCAUUUAUUUUGUAAAUCGAGAAUAAAGAAUAAGGGCUUACCUAGAGCUUUCAUUGUUCCUAAUCAUUGUACAGUAAAUCUUGUCUUAUAGGUAGGUAUGGAGAGAAUCAAUCACUAUUUCUAUUUUGCUAUAUCUCUUUGUAUACUUUAGAGUUCCUCACACCAGAGCACGCACUAUGACCCAAAUCCAUAAAGGUGGAUUUGAAACCACAGUUUAUGUAGAUUUUACAUAUGAAUUGUAGAAAAAAAUGUGCCCAAUAAGGAAUGUGUGCUUGUGCCACCUGGUUCUAAAUUCACUCUUGUUUCUGUGGUUUCAUUCCACAGUUUUAUAUAGUUUGAUUUAGUGAAUCAGUAACUUUAAAUUCGGGGGCCUAUUUAUCCCAAACUCAUGGCAACUUAGUGCACUUUGACAAAUAGCAUGCAUUCAUUAUUGUAAUAUCUCACUAAGUGCUGUAAAUUGUUUGAGGCAUGAAAUCUCCAUGAAUUUUGACUUCAAACAAUGGUUUUAAAAUCACCUAUGUGAUUUUGGGCUUCUGUGAAAUUGAAGACAGAGUAUAGCAAUACGAGAUGUGAUAAAUGAAUCUUGAUUCUGGACAUUUUUUUUUUUCAAACCUUUUAAAUGACCAGCCAUCUAAAAACAUUUUUUUUUAAAUAAUCACUGCCAAUGUUUUUUUUAUUAUAAAUCUUUUUUUAAAUAAAAGAGUUUAAUUGUCCUUUUAUAAAAAGAAUAUUUCGAAUUGGUGAAAUUGAUAUAAAACUUUCAAAAGGUGACAGUGAUCAUGUAGAAGGGUAUUACAAGCUAUGACCUUCAUAAUGUACGAGGGACAGGAUCCCAUUUCAUUAAGACUUGUUGUAAUAGCAAAUUCACAAUGUAAACAAAGUUCACUAUCAGCCAAUCAAAUAAUUUUACUAGCCUAAGACUUAUUGCAAAUCUGUUAUUAUAACAGGUUUUAUGAAAUGGACCCGAGCUGUAUCCAAGGCUAGAUUACUCUAUUGAUUCAAAUAGACCCCCUCAUUCAAGAAUCGAUAGGAAGUUUAUGCAAAUGAAAAUCAAAAUAAGAUAAUAUGAUUAUGGUCAUGUGUAGAAUUAUGUUAUUCUCCUCAACCUUCAAAUAUGAUAAUACUUUGAAUAUUUUGACAUAGAAAAAUUGGUUUUUCUGUUGGCUCUCUACCCUCUAUGUAUAGCUCAGAAUGAAACACAACAUCGGUCAUCACAUUCUAUUGCCCUAUUAUGCAAAGUAUUGUGACAUCAGUUGUCAUUUUAUAUUUAUAUAAAUUUGAUUUUCAAGACAGUGGUAGAUAUAUGAAGAUGCUUUCCUAAGGGGAUGAAAGGUGUAUACGCCACUAUUCAACCAUCGCAGUGUGAUGUCCUUUUUUUUAUUACUUGGGCCAUCAGGUCAUUCUAGAAUGUACUUAAUAUACUUUUUGUGAUAAUUAUUGUACAUGUAGGUAGAUAUCAUCCUCAAACCUGUGCUGUGAUUGUAUUAAAUUAAUAAUUGCUAAUAUUGACUUUAAAGGGAACUCCACUCAGAAGUCACUUUCAUGUAGUUUUAUAAAAUAAAAAAAAGAACAGACAAAUGAAAGAAACAUAUUAAUGAAGGUCUGGCAAAUAACUCAUAAAAGAACAACAGAUUAAUGAUAUUUUAUUCAUUGUUGUGAAGUCGCAUGUGAGGAGCUACUCUAUAUGUCAUGUGAUAUGAAUUUAAUUGAAUUCCAUAAAUUACCAUUUUAUCAGAAAAUUAAAAAAUAUGUUAUCUGUGUACUCAUUACAUGAUUAGAAACAUCGCAUCAUGCUGUUCAUCCUUCUACCAAAUAUUUUCAGUCAUCAUGAACCCUGUAUAGAAAUGGUAUUUUAUGGAAUGUAUAUUACACAACACAUUGGGAGCUGCUAAAAUAUGAUGUCACAAAAUUAAAAUGUUGAAAAAAUUCACAACUCUGUUUUUUGCAUUUUUGCAAAACCUUCAUCAGUCAGCUUCUCUCAUUUUAUCCUUUUAUUCAUAAGCUACUUCACUUCAGGAUGGUUUUCCCUUUAAGGCUUUCCUGUUCGAGCAGCAGCGCAAUGGCAGAAUGUCUUUGACAAAGUCCAAUAUGAGAUCAAGAAACUUUUGAGGGGCUUUUUGUAUAUAAAUAUUGUAUCUGUAAUUACAACAUGAAGAAAAAUCAUUGUAUGUUUAUCUCAUGAAAAUUUAUUAGCGCAUGUUCUGGAUUGCAUGUCAAGGAUUUGUAACAAAAUUAAAAGAAAAAAUAUUAAAAAUGAAUGACCGGUUACAAAAUGAGGGAAUGAAUAGAGGAUAUGUUGGAGAGUAUCUUUUAAGAUCCAUUGUAUUUGUAUUUUUAUCUCUUUAUUUUUACUUUAUUUACUUCAUAUAUGAUGAUGUAGGAUAUAUAUAUAAUAGUUCUUGUAUAUUUAUUUUUUCCAGAGAAACGUGAGGUGUAGACACCUUUGCAAGUCAUAAGCCAUUGGAAACUAUCCUCAAGUAGUUUUGAAUUGGCUACAAAUUUAGUCUCUUGUAGUAGCAUAGGUUUGAUUUUCUUUCAAAACAUGGUUAAGAUGUGCUUAAGGUUCAGUUUUCUCAAUUGUGCAAUUAAACUAUUAAAGAUGCUGGGAAGCAUGGAAACAAACCACAGAAGAACUUUUUCAAUUGAAUGAAGGUGACCAAAAAUAUGCGAUGAAAAGGUUCUACAACAUUAUGCUUGACUAGGUCAAAGAACUUUUUUAAAAGUAAUUUGUUCAUUUUAAACACAUUUCUUUUCACCAUUUUGCUAUUUUUUAUUAUAAGCUAGGGGUCAUUUUAUUACAAGGAAGAUUUAUUCUUGGGAUCAUAUAAACAUAUGCACAUUUCCACGAUGGAAGAUUUUUUUCAAUGCAAUAUCAGUAGUCAAAAUGGUAAUACAUACUUUUCAUCAAACAGAAAAGCAGUAGAACAAGGAGAAAAGAGUUUAAAUGUCAUUGGAAUGAACCUCUAUCAUUAUGUGUAUGGCAGACUGUCAUUGAGAUCUGGUCAAAGAAUUUUUUUUUUGUAAAUUACAGAAGUUUUUAAAAGUUAUUAUCUUGCAGAGUGGAACAUGCUAGAAAUGUGUUUGUACAGAGUAUAUACAAUUUUGUUGUAGAUAGAUUUUAAAAAAAUUGCUCUAAUGAGAUCAUAUUUUUAUUACUGACUGUUCAUUUUUAUAUGAAUUUGAAGAGAAAUAUAAGAUACUGAUGUGACUCGUUAUCAGUUUAAGAUAUGUCAACAUAUUUUUGUGUUCCCUGUGCUACAGGGUGACCGAGAAAACAAACCCUUAAAACAAGUCACAUUGAAUUAAAAUCAAAAGAGUCAGGAUUUGCCAGUUUGUUUUUCUUGGGCACCCUGUAGAAUCUAUAUGGGGUUGGUAUAUGUCUUUGCAUGGAACGAUGAUGUGUUAUAUAGAUUAUGUGGACUGUGUAGAAUCUCUUCAACUAUUUGUUGUACAUGGCUCUCAGUGGACACAGUGUUGUUUUGGGAAUCCCUUUCCUAGUUUGAUGAAUAUGGUGUCCCCAAAAUAUUUUUAAAUCCUAUAGAUUUCAGAGAGAUAUUGCAUUUAGUAUCAUGUGAGACGAUCCCAUGUGUGUAAUUUUGUCAUGAGAAGCAUCAAAGUUUGUGAAAUACAGUAGAUAAAUAAGGCAAGGUUAUUACCCAAGAGUAUUAUCUUCUCAUUAUUAUGUCAUGUUCAUUUUGUCUUUUUAACAAAACAAGAAAAUUGUAUUAUAUUGACGAGUAAUUUGUGAAUUGUACCAAAGUUAUAUAUGAAUAUAUAUCUAUUUUUUUUCUUUUUAUGUGUUUUCAUAGCAGCUUGAGAUCAUGACAUUAGCAAGUUGCUUAUUCUUCAGAUGAAUUCAUGUAUCACACUUCAUGGGAUUCAUUAUCAUAUAUAUAUAUAGUAGCCAUGACAACAUGUGACUAAAAUCUUUUGCUUUUGUGGACAUCCCCCCCCCCCCCCGCCAUCAAUCAGUUUUGGGAUAUUGACAAAGCAUAUCAUCACAUUUAUCUUUGACAUUAUAUUAUCAUUAAAUAGAUGAUUUAUAUCAUAUUCUAACAGCUUUAUAAUUAUUACAUUUGUUCUGUUUUCAUUUGAUAUUAUUUCCAAAAUGAAUGCUAACAAUCAUGUUGUUUGGGGUGAUAAAAAAGUCAUGGCAGUCAUAGUUUUUUUUCAGUCUGGGUUAAUCAUUUUAAUGGGAUCAAAUCGAUAUAUUGGCAAGCUUCUUAGGUUUACACUAUAUUCAUCUUCUUUUUUUUUCUUUUUUGUUUUGGAUAAAGCCUGAAGUGAUCAUAGUUUAGAAACGUAAAUUACACAAAACGUAAAUUCAA